GGAAACCUUUCGAGUCUCCAUUGACGAUGAUUUGGACCAGCGCCAACAUUCCACGGGAUUAUGAAUUUAAGCGUCGGUUUUCAGCUUUCAAAUGAACGUCACUUUGAGACCUUGUCGAUGUUUUCUGACUCUGGUGAUUCUGGUCGGCGAAUUGACAGCUCUUUUCUGAGGAGGAUGAAAACUUUUCCAGGGAAUAUUGGUAGCGCUUCACAAUCGAAGCAGUCUAAGGUUUGUAGAUGGGGAAUAUGAUCAGCUGGACACACAGCCAGACUUCCUCUCUCGAGAUUUCAAGCUCGUGGAUUCUAGAAAUAAUAGAUUGAUGAUGAUUCGGUCACUUCAGUAGGAGGUCAAGGAGAACCUUACGGCUUGUCUCGGCAGUUCUCUGCACUUAGAGCCUCAAAGCAAUCUCAAAGGCGGCUAAGAUGAAGGGUUUACUAUCUGGGAUGAGUAUACCGUCUCUCUUCUCCAAGAGUCCAAAACGUCACCGAAAGUUAAGUUCGGGUGGCUCACGGAAGAAGUCUCGAAAAUCUUCCGGUUUGUCUACUAAAGCUCAAGGACACACUGUCAAUACCUUUCCUGAAGAGACUCCAGAUACUGAUGAGCCCCUACUCGAGGAGCCGGUACUGCUCGAACCUGAAGAGAAAGAAACGGUAUCUUCUGAGGUGGAGGAAGACCCUAGACCACUUCAGGAGUUGGUUGCUCUUGAGCCCGAUCUUAGUCCAAGAUCUAUCACUUACGAAGGCGAAACUGCAACUGUGAGACUACAUUUGAAGCAGACUGUUGCGAUGGACGGAUGGGCGAUGGUUACUCUUUUACAAGGCCGAGCCUCUGUUCAUGGUUACUCCCUGAUUCCGGGCGUAGCUGUUCUUUUGUGUUCAAAUUCGAAACUCGCGGCGGCUGUAAAUAUAGAGUCCCAGUAUGUCGACGGAACAAUGAGUUCUAUGCAGUCUGCUGAAUUCUCGAAAAAUACAGACCGAAGUGUUACUGCCUGUAUUUUGGAGUUCAAGUCGUAUCGAGGAGUUGAUGUUGUUUCUCCUAUGGUUGUUGAUGACUUUGACCCUGAAUCUGCAGCAAAGCGGACAUUUAAACUUGAGAUUCCUGGAGAAACUGUCAUCCGUGAUGUAUAUGCGGAACAUUUGAUUCAAAAGAGAAAGAGAGAUGAGUUAGCUGGAAAAAGCUUUCAAGCUGGCAAAUCAAAAGAUGGCCAGGAUGGUGAUGAUGGAGUCAAAGAUAGUGAGAUGUUUGAAGAUCAGGUUGACAUGGAAGUUGAUGAGAAAGCAGAUGACUCCGAGGGAUUUUCUGAUGACGAUUAUCGAAGGAAGGCACAGAAAGUUGCUCAGACACCCCUUCAACCUACAGUUAUACCGCAGUCUUGGGAAACUGCUGCUAAUGCUAUAAGUUCUUAUUCAGAGCUCAGUUCUGGCGCUCCCAUUGUCGGAGUUUGCGGAGCUAAGAGUUCAGGCAAAUCAACUUUUGGACGCUUUCUUCUAAAUCAUCUCCUUAAUAGUUAUGAAUCUGUUGGUUACUUGGAUACCGACAUUGGACAGCCGGAGUUUACUGUUCCUGGAUGUUUAUCGCUACAUAUAUUGAGAAAGCCUGUUUUCGGUUCUCCUAUUUUACACCUGCAAAACCCAGAAAGGUCUUUUUUCUAUGGUGACAAUUCACCUAAAUCUGACCCAGACAUGUAUUGUCGGAGUAUUGUAGCUCUCUACGAUUACUUCCAGCAAAAUUACGGGGUGAAAAAGACAGCUCGUAGUAGCAACGAUGUUAAAUCUGGAAUCCCGCUCAUUAUCAACACUCAUGGAUGGCUCAAAGGUGUUGGCUACGACGUCUUGGUGAAUAUACUGCGUCACACAUCACCUUCACAUUUAGUGCACAUUAAUUCCAUUGGGGCAAACAAUAAUUUACCAACUGGCCAGUUUUGGGAGUCUUCAAAUGGCACUAACAGUACAGUUCUUUUGUACAUUGAGAAUGCCUUGGAAGGCCCAGACAAGCCACUGAUCCGUGCCAAGGCACCUGCUGAUCAACUAAGAGACUUGAGAAUCUUAGCUUAUUUCAGGCAGUGUUUUUGGAGGAGUCCGUUGCCGUAUCCAUACAGAGAGGAUAGAUUGUAUGCACAAACAGCUAUGAAACUCGUUAGCUGCACUCCAUUUCAGAUUCCAAUCUCAGCAGUCAAGAUAAUCCAUCUACACUGUCAAGUUCCUCAAAAGGAGAAACUGUACAGUAUAAAUGGAGCGUUGGUCGGUCUUGGAGUGAGCCUGAGAACUGACAAGAAGAAUCCUGGCGGUCCUCCAGCAGCAUGUGUGGGCAUUGGGAUUGUGCGAGGAGUGGAUCCCGAAAAGGGAAUUCUGUAUCUCAUCACUCCUCUUGAUUUGGAAACCCUUCAGUGUGUAGACACUUUGCUACAGGGAUGGAUUGAAGUCCCUCUACCACUGCUGCAGGCAAGUGGAUACGUCUCACCUUACCUUUCACAUAACUCAGUUGCGAUUGAAGGAACGGGAUCAUUUGCCAUAAAAAAGGCACACGAAAAGUUCGUCAAAAGUCCGAAAAAGACGUAGGGUGUGAACAGUUAUUCCCCUUUGGCCGAAGGUCAUAAAGUUUUGCCCUACUGGUGCUAGUAAGCACUAAGAGACUCACCCGUAGUUAGUCCAUCAAUCGGCUCUCACAUUUUACUGAGUUUCACUGCCUUAUCAGUUUUCAAACUAAUUCGUGCAGGAGUUUUGCCUCCAUUCGUAGAGUGUAAAGCCUAUUUAGAGUAGUCAGUAGACUAUAUGUUUAAGAAGGCUAGGGCACUGGAUGCAGUGUAAAGCACAUCUUUUUGCAGUAUUCUCACUUAUUAUGUCGUAUGCUUGAGUAACGCGUCAAGCCUGCGGCUUUAUUCGGCUCGAAACUUGCGAGGUCUGAGGUUCAAUUAAAUGCAGAAAGGUAGGAACGAAAAAAUUCAGAGCUCUUAUUGCACCAUCAUGUGUGAUCCAGAAGAAAGGAGAUCCAUGGGUAGCGUUUCACAUGUCAAUGCAAUAGACUGCAAUGGAGAACUCUCCUUAGAGAAACUAGAAGAAUCCCAGCGGAUGCAUAACUUUGACCCAAAUGUACAAUAAUUUAUUGUUUCGUGAAUCUGUUCAGCUUGA